GCGCGUGUGAUGUGUUUUGUGUAUUCUUAGUGUUUAUCUCUCUUUCGUGUUUCAUUGAGUAUAGACCGAGUCUUGUCUCUGUGUAUUUAAGUGUUGAGAGGAUGAAGGACACUACAGUGUGUGACAGUAAACAGAGCUUACAGGAGGAUCAAACCUCCACAGAGUCUCUGGAUUCUGUCUGUAACGCUGGAGAACAGCAGCAGAUCCUGCAGACCAAACUGAAGAUGUGUUCAGUUAAACUCAUCGACUGCAGGAACCUCAUGAUGAAGAUUAAAACUGAACCCACAGAAAUCAAAACUGAACCCACAGAAAUCAAAACUGAACCCACAGAAAUAAAAACUGAACCAACAGAAAUAAAAACUGAACCCACAGAAGAGGAAGAUCGCACUGAUGAAGAUGAUGAUUUUAUUCCACCAGAUGUGAAGAGUGAUUCAUGUUUGGAUAUAGAAAUAACGUCCUCAACAUCAAAAAAGCAACUGACAGCACAAACUCUUUCCUGCAUCACCUGUGGAAAGACAUUCAGCUCACAGAGACUUUUAGAGAGACAUGAGAGAAAACACACAGAACAGAAACUCUUCACCAGAUCUGAGAUCAGCUUUACUACCUUACAAGAGAAGAAACUUCAUUCAGAAGACCACAGAGAGAAGAAGAAGAAGCAGUUUCACUGUGAGCAGUGUGGGAAGAGUUUUGUCUCUUCCUCUAAUCUAAAUGUUCACAUGAGGACACACAGUGGUGAAAAGCCUUUCAACUGCACUGAAUGUGGAAAUUACUUCAGAACCAAAGACAAUCUUAAAGUUCAUCAGAGACUUCAUACAGGUGAAAAACAUUAUGAGUGUCCUCACUGCGAGAAGAGAUUUAGCUGUAAAUAUAAUCUGAAGACACAUGUGUUUUUACACACCAAUGAGAGACCGUAUCAGUGCAGUGAAUGUGACAAAACCUUUAGGGAUUCAGGUUCAUUAAAAAAACAUCAGAAUACUCAUAAAGAGAAACUCUAUCAGUGUUCACACUGUGAUAAAUGUUACGGUUAUAAAUGUCAGCUGAUAAUCCAUGAGAGAGUUCACACCAGAGAAAAAACUCAUUACUGUAGUGUCUAUGGGAAGAGUUUUAGACAACAUGAAAGUUUAGUGACACACCUGAGGACUCAUACAGAUGAAAAACCUUUCAAAUGCUCUCAAUGUGACAAGAUGUUUGCUUAUUCAGGUCACUUAAAAGUCCAUCGGAGAGUUCAUACUGGAGAGAAACCUUAUACCUGCUCUCACUGUGGAAAGAGCUUCUCUAAUUCAUGUAAUUUUAGAGUUCAUCAAAGGGUUCAUACUGGAGAGAAACCUUAUCACUGUAGUGUCUGUGGGAAGAGUUUUAGUGUAAAGGCUACAUUAUUAAAGCACAAGAGACUUCAUACAGGUGAAAAACCUUUCAAAUGCUCUCAGUGUGACAAGACGUUUACUUGUUCAAGUUACUUAAUAGUUCAUCAGAGAGUUCAUACUGGAGAGUAACCUUAACAAUGAAGUGUCUGUGGGAAGAUUUUUAGUCAGUAGUCAAACUAACUUAUGCACAAGAGACUUCAUACAGGUGAAAAACCCUCAGUGUGACAAGACCUUUGCUUAUUCAGUUCACUUCAAAUCCAGUAGCGGUUGGUCACUUGGGGGCACUGGGGUGCCGCCCCCCAAAGUUGGCCAGAGAAGAAAGCUACUUUAACAUGUUACAAAAAAGUUACAAUAUAUAAUGCAAAUUAAUACAAAAUAAAAUCGUUUAGUUGUACUAUUUCACUGUUAGUCAUGUUAUCAUUUAUUUUAAAAAAUUAAAUAUCAAAACUGA